GAGUAUCAGUUUAAAAUAUUAGUUGUAGGAGAUUUGAGUACAGGGAAAACAUCGAUUUUACGACGAUUUGUUCACAAUACAUUCACUGGUCACUAUAAGUCUACUAUUGGGGUAGACUUUACGCUGAAAAUAAUCCAAAACGAGCCUGAUAUAACGACUAGUUUACAGUUAUGGGAUAUUGCAGGACAAGAACGAUUUGAUAAUAUUACUAGAGUAUACUUCAAAGGUACUGCUGGUGCUUUUGUUGUUUACGAGGUAUCAAGAGCAAUAACAUUCGAAAAUGUUUUGAGAUGGAAAAAUAAUAUUUAA